UAAAAAAAUCCUCGAAUGGGACCUUAUGCGUUAUAAAUUUGAAUAUUAUAAUAUAGACUGAUAAAAAAUAAAAAACAAAAAAACUGUUUUUGUGCUUCUGAAGUCUCACCGGUUCUACCCUUCCAAAAUAAACUCAACUUGACAUUCCUAUUUUUUCACAUCACAUUUUCUCGAAAAAGAGAAGAUAAAUUAAAAGAGCGUGUGACUGAUGGAAACCCUUGGGACAGAAAGAAAGGAAGGAGUGAUGAGCAAUGGAGGGAUGUUGUACCACGAGGUACAAGAAUCAAAGCUAUGCGCUGUACAUUGUGUGAACACCGUCUUACAAGGUCCUUUCUUCUCAGAGUUCGAUUUAGCGGCAGUUGCUUCCGAUCUUGACCGUACCGAACGCCAAAUGAUGGUACAAGGUGGUGGUGACUUUGUCCCAGAACAGUCUCAUAAUGUUUCCCUUGACGGCGAUUUCAGUAUCCAGGUUUUGCAAAAGGCGUUGGAGGUGUGGGAUCUACAAAUCAUUCCACUAGACAGCCCAGUUGCUGAACCGGCUCAAAUUGACCCAGAACUGGAAAAUGCAUUUAUCUGUCACUUGCAGGACCAUUGGUUCUGUAUCAGGAAAGUAAAUGGGGAGUGGUAUAACUUUGACAGUCUUAAGGCUGCCCCUGAACACCUUUCCAAAUUUUACCUCUCAGCAUAUCUAGACUCCUUGAAAGGCUUCGGGUGGAGCAUUUUCCUGGUGAGAGGAAAAUUUCCCAAGGAAUGUCCGAUCACUUCUUCUGAAGCUUCUAGUGGAUAUGGACAGUGGCUAUUACCAGAAGAUGCAGAGAGGAUUACCAAGUCCUGCAACGCUGCACAGAGAACAGGUAGUAGAAGUGGUCAAAGUCAGUGGCCUUCUGAUCCCUAUCGCCAGUACGAGCAACAAGGCAUGCUUUUAGAAGAAGAUGAUGAGGAUCUGAAAGCUGCAAUUGCUGCUAGCUUGAUGGAUUCUUCUCCUGCGGUCAGCACCAAACCUGACACCCUGGAAAAUGAAAAUAAGGACAAUAGUGCAGCUAAUGCAUGACAAAAAAACAUUUUUCAGUGUUUUAAGCUGGAAAAAACUUGUGAACUGUUUAAUUCCUUUCAUAAUUGCAUCCGAUACUGGAUACUAGUUCAUAAAUCUGCGACAUAAACAGUGAUAUUCUUAUUUGAAAAAGAAAAAUACACAGUGAUGUUUGUUGGAUAAGAGCAAGAUUUUUUAUACAAUUUGAAAAGAAAAAUGAAAAACCUUGAUCUUCCUGGAA